CGCAAAACUACGUUGAUGGUGCGGGAGGAUAACAUCCGGUCUAAUGGCGUCAAGAGCCAAACAUUGUUGUCACAUUUUGUCCUACAGUGUUUCAAUAUUUUGCUUUGUUUAUGUUGGUCAAGUUUCGCGAAGAUAGGACAGGAUUUGCGAUUGGGUGCGCUUAACACGCCGGAUGGAGGUGAGGACGUGCAAAUUGUUGCACGUGCGACGCAUAUCAAACUGGGAACGAGAUUUUCCGAGUGGUAUGGAUGUAGUGACCUUGGUCUUGCUGUCAGAUCAAAGGUGUAUACACGCGGCAAAUUUAAACCUGACUCGUGCCGUACAUUGACACGAGUCGACGCAAUUUUUUCGUCGUCUCAAUGGAAAAAGGUGCAAACAACUGAUUUUAUAACAAUAUUCAAUUUCAAUAUAAUAUUUAUUAUAUUGAAAAUGGCUUUGCAAAGUGCGACAGAAGAGGCGCAAACUUUGCUUCUGGAAGGAGUGGAAGGUGCUCCGUGUCAAUUUAUUAUUCAGAGAAGCGAUGGAGAAUCACUAAGCAAAGGAGUACCAUUGUUUACUCUGAGCGGAGAAUUAAUAUCAGAAGGCAUGGUAGUCGACAUGAUCAAUGCUGAUGUUAGCACAGAUUAUAACACGAGUACUCAGUAUUAUGAAGCGGACGACUUGUUGACUCAUGGUUUGACAGAGAAUGUCAAUUGUGUGAUGCAGGAUGACCGUAGACUUGCUGCGGCGCUUGUUGCAGUGCAGUUGCAUCAGCAGCAGAAGCAGCAGCAAAUCAACGUUCAGCACGAAGACUCAACUUUGUCGGAUGUUUCUCAUCUGGAGACUCUAGCGCCGGUGAAUUCGUAUACUAUUCAUACUAUUCCAGAACCAAAUAGCACCGCGUCUAUAUAUACGCAAACUUUGCAACCUUUCACAAGGAUUCCGCAAAGUUUGAAGCAAGAGUUUAUCAAUGUCAAAAGCGAGUAUGACAUUGAGGUUUCUACGGAGAGCAGCGAGGACGCAACAUCAGCAUCCGGGCCUAAGAGAACCUUGCCACACAAAAAACGAAUAUCUCGCAAGCUAAAGCAACCGCAGACAAAAAAGAACGCAACGCGGAAGGAUAAUAGCAAAUCGAGUCAAGAAAAUUCAACUGAAUUUAAUAACGAAGUUCAGGCUAAUGUCUUUAAGUGUCAAAUAUGUAGUUCCAAGUUUAGCAGUCAGUUGAAAUUCUUUGAACAUUUAAAGGUGCAUUAUGAGCCCGUAAAACAGGAGACGCGAAUAGCUCAGGCGACAAAUACCAAUAUUACAAUAUCGGUUCCAGAAACAGUUCAUACUUUAGAGAACACUGUAAUUGAAGAAUUCAGCGAGCCUGAAGAUCUUAUGGAAGGUAUUCGAGGAGUAGUGGAAGAAACCGGUGCGCACAUUGACGACGACACAGAUUCAGUACUGCCUUCUACAAAUAACGAAUCGACAAUGUGGGCAAUUACAGACGUUACGGAACAGGUGCAACAGAAGGACCAGGAAAUUAGACCGCCGUCCGUUAACGAUAACAAAAGCUCGGAAGAAAAGUCAAAGACUGACAUUCCAUACACAGCUAAGAAAAAGAAAUCACCGAAAGCGCGGAAAUCAAGUGACGGAUUAACGUGUCUUCAGUGCAAUCGGUCGUUCCAUCAUAAAAACAGCUUGGUCUACCAUAUGCGCUCCCAUAGCGGAGAGCGGCCGCAUCAGUGUGACAUUUGUAAUAAACGUUUUUUCGCUGCUAGCGCGUUAAAGGUACACAAAAGACUUCAUAGCGGUGACAAACCGUACAAAUGUGAGGUGUGCGGCCGACAUUUUCGUCAAUGGGGCGAUUUGAAAUAUCACUCAACGAGUCUUCACUCGGAGCACAAGCAGUACCAGUGUGAAUUCUGCGCGAAGGAAUUCGCUCGAAAGUAUUCGUUGAUUGUGCACAGGCGUAUACACACGGGCGAAAAGAAUUAUCGCUGCGAAUACUGCAGCAAAACGUUCAGGGCGAGCAGUUAUCUGCAGAAUCACAGACGCAUACACACCGGGGAGAAGCCGCACGCGUGUGUGGUAUGCGGCAAACCGUUCAGAGUGCGAAGCGACAUGAAGAGACACAUGCACACUCAUUCGCGAACGAAAACAAAUGAAAAACAAUUGUCGUCAACAAACAAAAUCGUUGCGGGAAAACAUGCGAUCGAUACGGAAAGCAUCGAUAAAAAAGCAGCACACGCAAAAACGAUACAGGAUCUCGUGAGAGAUCUAAAGUUGGAGGUAGACGCGACAGGUGUGGUAGAGAUUGUCGCUCCCGAUGAUAAUCCGGAAACUAUUUUGCCGCAUACGAGCGGACAAAAUUUGGAAUAUACCGUAACAUCCACAGCAGACACGGCGGCCGCGGAUAGAGAUCCUCUGGAAGCUGUCGUGCGAACGAACGAUAACAUACAGUACUUUUUUAUGUAAUUUCGGAACGUGAGGAAAGAGAUACAUCCUUUGUGCAAACUUGAGCGCGAUAACCAUCGACAUCUUGGCGUUAGAUAGUCCGUAACGCGCUGGUUACAAAGUGACUUUUUUAAUAGACCCAGCUGUUUGAAAAUAUAUAUGUUGAAUACAUACUUCUAGUGAAUUGCGCGCGCGUUUAUGCACACAUCUAUAUCUACAAUUGCAUUUUGGAAUAAACAUUGUUUUAUUAUUGGAUAAAGUUUGUCAUAAGAUUUUUUGAAACUUUUAUACAAAAGUGUACAUAUAAACAUCUAUAUAUAUAUAUAUAUAUAUUGCCUUUGAGACACUUUAAUGUAGAACUGAU